UCUCAGUAAUCUGAGAUAGCAGGGUUUGGCGUCCAUAGCAACCGUGGCGACAGGACGCGCUCGAGCGAGAACCAAAAAACGAGAACAGGUACAAGGCCAAACCUUCUACAUUCACAGACACCUACCAAACCCCGAACAUGGAACACCAAAUUAGAACGCUGACUAGUGCCUGGUAAUGUAGAAAAUACCCAAGUUAAAACGGUAACAGAGUGACACAGCAACCGUUGAAGAUGCUCCACUUCAGGCACCCACAGAUGUCACGUGACGGGUGGGGAACGCCCACCGCCCUGGCCUAGCGCAGCUUCCUCCGCCCACCACGGAAGUGGGGCGGGGAUACUAACGCUGCGGACCCGGGUGGACGGAAGUGGCUGUUGGAGGCUUUAAAGUAGCUUUAAAUUCGUGCUGUCCUGGGAGUUCGCCCCUUUCGGCUGGAGUCGGGCUUUGCGGCGCCGGAUGGCUCUGGACGUGAAGUCUCGGGCAAAGCGUUAUGAGAAGCUGGACUUCCUUGGGGAGGGACAGUUUGCCACGGUUUACAAGGCCAGAGAUAAGAAUACCAACCAAAUUGUCGCCAUUAAGAAAAUCAAACUUGGACAUAGAUCAGAAGCUAAAGAUGGUAUAAAUAGAACAGCCUUAAGAGAGAUAAAAUUAUUACAGGAGCUCAGUCAUCCAAAUAUAAUUGGUCUCCUUGAUGCUUUUGGACAUAAAUCUAAUAUUAGCCUUGUCUUUGAUUUUAUGGAAACUGAUCUAGAGGUUAUAAUAAAGGAUAAUAGUCUUGUGCUGACACCAUCACACAUCAAAGCCUACAUGUUGAUGACUCUUCAAGGAUUAGAAUAUUUACAUCAACAUUGGAUCCUACAUAGGGAUCUGAAACCAAACAACUUGUUGCUAGAUGAAAAUGGAGUUCUAAAACUGGCAGAUUUUGGCCUGGCCAAAUCUUUUGGGAGCCCCAAUAGAGCUUAUACACAUCAGGUUGUAACCAGGUGGUAUCGGGCCCCUGAGUUACUAUUUGGAGCUAGGAUGUAUGGUGUGGGUGUGGACAUGUGGGCUGUUGGCUGUAUAUUAGCAGAGUUACUUCUAAGGGUUCCUUUUUUGCCAGGAGAUUCAGACCUCGAUCAGCUAACAAGAAUAUUUGAAACUUUGGGCACACCAACUGAGGAACAGUGGCCGGACAUGUGUAGUCUUCCAGAUUAUGUGACAUUUAAGAGUUUCCCUGGAAUCCCGUUGCAUCACAUCUUCAGUGCAGCAGGAGAUGACUUACUAGAUCUCAUACAAGGCUUAUUCUUAUUUAAUCCAUGUGCUCGAAUUACGGCCACACAGGCACUGAAAAUGAAGUAUUUCAGUAAUCGGCCAGGGCCAACACCUGGAUGUCAGCUGCCAAGACCAAACUGUCCAGUGGAAACCUUAAAGGAGCAAUCAAAUCCGACUUUGGCGAUGAAAAGGAAAAGAACAGAGGCCUUAGAACAAGGAGGAUUGCCCAAGAAACUAAUUUUUUAAAGAGAACACUGGACAACAUUUUACUACUGAAGGAAAUAGCCAAAAAAGGCAUAUAGUGGAAAAAUAGUAAACAUUAAGUAAAUGCUGUAGAAGUGAGUUUGUAAAUAUUCUACACAUGUAAAAUAUGUAAAACUAUGGGUUUUUUUAUUAAAUGUAUUUUAAAAUAAAAAUUCUGUUUUUUCUGAUUAGACUGCAAAAGUGAGAAAAGUCCAAUUCUCUUGAAAUGUAGAAUUGAAAAUGCAGUAGGGAAAACUUAAUAAAAAUUAUUACCAGUUUUUUG